AUGUUAUUUGAUAUUCUGGCCGUGUUCGUUGUUACACUUAUUUCAUCAUUGUUUUUAUGUACGACAUCCAUACAUGGUCUCCCGACAUCACCUUCAACUCAUCAUUAUAUCCAUAAUCACCCAUCUUCUUCACUCAGGCUUUUACAUCAACAUCCAGUACCGAGUGUCGAUUAUGAUUUAGGUGGUGAUACAUCUGAAAUGUUGUUUGGUGAAAGCAAUGAAUUAUCAACAACUAACCAUCAUGCCAAUGAUUUAUCAUCAUCAUCCUUGACCUCUUCUAGUGAUGCAUCCAAUGUGCCAUUUGAUUUUUAUCUUAAUCAAUUACCAGCUAAAUUAUUAAAUAGAAAAUUAUUAUUAUCAUUACAAAAACAUAAUCAACAGAAAGAAGGAAAAGAACAACAACAACAAAAACGAGCCAGUUCGCCAUCAAUCACUGCAUCAUCUCCAUUACCGGCAGAAUUCAAUCUUAAUUCAGCUGUUGCUGCAGCUGCAUUUGCUGAUCCAUCUGAUCCAGAUAGCGUUGUCAAUCUUAGUCAAUUGAGUGAAUCAACACGUUUGUCACCUUCACUCAAGGAUUUGGUUGAAAAAAAUCCAUUUGCGCGUGCUUGGCUUACUAUGCUUUUACAAAAAGUUAUGGAAGAACAACCUACACCGUACAUAUUCAAGUAUGGUCGACGUCGCAAGUAG